GAGCGCGUACUUUAACUCGGAACAGAGAGAGAUUCAGAGAGAAGCAACUAGUCCAACAAGUGCUCAGCAGACAGGAAACACAAGUUAAACACAGAAGAAGAAGAAGUGAUGGAGCACUCCAAACAGACCCAGCUCGGCUCCAGCGACAAGAAGGACGCCGGGACCAGCUCCGUGGUGAACGGACACUGUGACGGGAUGGUGAAGCGGCCGGCCGGCGGACCCUCCCAGCCUCCCGCCGCGGAGUCCGGCUCUCAGCGGCCGGUGAUGGAGAGCUGGCGGGAGGAUCGCACCAGGAGCGUGGAGGACAACGAGAUGAGACUGCCGUCCCUGGCCGCCGCUUACACCACCAUCCUGCGGGGGCUCGGGGAGGACCCCCAGCGGCAGGGGCUCCUCAAGACCCCCUGGAGAGCGGCCACCGCCAUGCAGUUCUUCACCAAGGGCUACCAGGAGAAAAUCAUCGACGUGCUAAACGACGCCAUCUUCGACGAGGACCACGACGAGAUGGUGAUCGUCAAAGACAUCGACAUGUUCUCCAUGUGUGAACAUCACCUGGUGCCCAUCUUUGGCAGGGUCCACAUCGGUUACCUUCCCAACAAGAGAGUUCUGGGCCUCAGUAAGCUGGCCAGGAUUGUUGAAAUCUACAGCCGUCGACUACAAGUUCAGGAGAGGUUGACCAAACAGAUAGCCGUGGCGAUCACAGAGGCCCUGCAGCCCACCGGGGUGGGAGUGGUCAUCGAGGCAACUCACAUGUGUAUGGUGAUGCGAGGCGUUCAGAAGAUGAACAGUAAAACCAUCACCAGCACCAUGUUGGGAGUCUUCAGGGAAGAUCCGAAAACUCGCGAUGAGUUUCUGACGCUGAUCAGGAGCUGAGGACGAAGAAGCUCUUCUUCAUCCUCCUGUUGCCUGGGGUUACCUCCACCUGCACGGAACAGCCGCCGGGCUACCUGUGUGUGUGUGUGCGUGUGUGUGUGUGUGUGUGUCCUAGCAUUACUAUAUUGUGGGGACCUAAAUCUGUUUACACAGUCACGUGUGGGGACUCGCCUCCCUUAUGGGGUCAUAAUGGAGGUCCCCAUGAGGGGAAUCAUUAAUUUUAGGGUGAAUAAUAGGUUAGGGUAAGGGUAAGGGUUAGGGUUAGGCAUGUGUUGGUUAUGGUUAAGGUUAGGAUAAGUCUCCAGGAAAUGCAUGUAAGUCAAUGUAAUGUCCCCUGAAGGGAUGUAUGCAUGUUGUACAUGGGCACUGUGUGUGUGUGUGUGUGUAUGUGUGUGUGUGUGUGUGUGUGUGUGUGUGUGUGUGUCCGUGUCACCAACAGCAGAGACAAGAGUCCACUCCUGACUGUUUUCCAUCCAACUCUUUGUAUUGGUCAGAUAAGGUGAAGCGUUACCGUGGUGAUUUCUGUGUUGGAGGCCACAGAUUAACAUGUUGUUUACUUUUUAGGACAAAUUUACCCCCCUUUGAUCUAUGUGAGUUUUUUUGUGUUUUUUGUUUUCCUGGAAAUACAGGGGACAGUUUAAAAAGAAGACUGUUUGAAAUCCCUUUAAUACAUAGUCAGAUACAAAUAGACAAAACUAAAAUGUGCUAUGUGAUGUAAAGUAUCCUCACUGAUCCUUAUAAAUAGCCGGAGACAUAUUCACAAAACAUCAUGAGGCCAAGAGUAGCUCAUACCUGUCCAAGUUAGACAAAAGACAAAAAAACGUUUUGGUCUGAGAUGAAUUCAGAAAACAUGUUUGGCUGAGGGAAGCUUUGUGAGAGAUGAUGUGUCUCCCAAAUACAUGAAUAUUAGAGGAUUAAAAGCAGUGUUUACUGUUGGAGGAUUACAUAAAAAACAGUAUUGGUAGAAAAUAGUUUGCAACAUUGAUGAACACAAUGGUUCAUCACAGUAUGUAUUUUUUGGACAUCGCUGGAUUACCUGCAGUAAAACAUCUGCAUCUGAGAGAAAAAACAGUAUUCUAAUUUUUCACAUUACGUUUUAAAAUAAAUUAUAAAUAAUAUUACGGUCCUGCGUGGACCAGCCUGUAUGUGCCAACUCGCCUCUUUAUGAAUACUCACCGUCUUAAAGCAAACUGAAACAUUUUGAAUUUCUCAAGAGGCAAAUUAAAUGUGUGUGUGUUGUUUAGUGACUUUGUUUUUCCACGUGUAGCAUACUUUUAGCAUUUGAUUGCGUAAUGAUGCAAUCAAAUGUGGUGACUGGAGUUCAAUGUGUGUGUGUGUCUAUGUGUGUUUUCAAGGAGAGAUGAGCCCUAAGAGUCGGCUCUGAUGAUGUUGUUUUUGUGGCCUUGUUGAGAAGUGCGGCCUGUUGUGUGGCCCCUUCACCAUCAGUGUCACUUUCUGUACUUUGUUCAUUCCAGAUACUUUUUAAUCAAAGAAAAUAAAUCUCUAUGUGACAGCAA